UUACAAAGCAUCCGUAGCUACUUCUUGAUUUAUUUAUGAUCCUAGGCUGCGCUUUGUUGACCUAUACCUUUUAAAAUCUGCAGCACUCCUACGACUAAGCAUUAUCACUAUUGAUUAAUAACUCCCAAAAGAUCAAAUAAAACUAAGUACUUUUCUAACUUUCGGGGCCACCCCAUUGCAAAACAAACCUCCAGUCCAGUGACAUGACUGCUAUUCACAUUCUUCUCCUUCUCCUCUCCUGCACAUUGCUUGUGCGCCAGUGCGACGGGGCGUGUGCGGAGGUCGACUCGGACACUGAGGCGGUGGCGGGCAAAGGCUUCAAGCUAGGCUGCAUCUCCUGUAAGAUGAGGAGUGAAGUCAAAGCUACCGCCACUGUCGAAUGGUACUUCAAGCCCAGAGGAGAGGUCGAAUUUGUGCAGAUCUACACCUACAAUGAGAUGGGCCCCAUGAUCGAAAAUGAAAUCUUCAUGGAUCGUCUGGAUUGGAACGGGAGCAAGAGGAGCACCGACAUCCAAGACGCGUCCAUAUAUAUUCUCAACGUCACCUUCAACGACACGGGGACGUACCGCUGCUUCUUCAACCGCGUCCUCACCUACGACAACUAUGAGAACACCACCGUUAUCAGCAAAGUGGUCCGCCUUAAUGUGGUGGCGAAAGCCACCAGAGGUACAGCUUCCAUCGUGUCUGAAGUCAUGAUGUACGUGACCAUCAUCGGCCUGCAAGUGUGGCUCCUCAUCGAGAUGAUCUACUGCUACAGGAAAAUAUCAGCGGCCGGGGAAGAAGCUUUAAGAGAAGCCGCGAAUGCUGAAUAUUUAGCGAUAGCCUCAGAAAGUAAAGACAACUGUGCAGAUGUGCAGGUUGGAGAAUAGCAAAGGCUGCCCCUUUUUGAUGAUGUCAUCGCUACUGAACGCCCCCGCUAACUGCAUGAAACCAACUUGGAGUAGGGGAACAGAUUGCAUCCUCAUCUCCAGUUCAUUAUGCAUUCAUUAGCAUACACUGUAGUCACCGUACAAAUAUUAUGUUGACAUUCUGUAUAUUUAUAUGACAUGCGUAACACUGCCUGUAAGACUGUUGAGGUUGAAGAAAGCUUUUUACUAAUUCACCACCUCCUAAUGUCUGAAAUAAA